UUUUCAAUUCUAUCCCGCACCCCGCUCAUUAAACUGGGUUUAAUUGCUGCGCACGUGCCUUCUAGAAACGCGUAGACGAAAGACUUCAACGAGAGGCGAAGCGAUGAACCUCCGUGGAUGGUCCCCCUUUGGGGGUGGAUUUGCGGGACGCAUCAAACGGAGCCUAAUGAACGUGUGCGCGCACACACACACACACACACACGCGCAACCUCUUCUUAUCAAAAGCAACACACAUGCGAUAGAAAAGAAAUGGAAAAGCCCGCAAUAUAACAACAACAACAACACAUUCGGAGACAGAAGAUGCGUGCGGCCACUUCCGUCUCGCUUUCGGGCGCUUACCGGGCCUGCCAAAAUUUCUGGCACUGCCAAAAAAAAAAAAAACAAACCAAAAAAAAAGAAGUAAAAAAGCCUCGCCCUCCCGCUUGGUUCCUUCAAAAUAAAGACGUUCGCAGUGUGAAUGGGGUAGCUGGUACGCUUUCUUUUUUGUUGUAUAGUCGGGCGCGCGCUCGCUCGCGUGUGUGUGUGUGUAUUGUGGCACCCCGUCGAUUCGGGGUCUCGUCGCUCGCUCGCUCGCUCGCUGGGCUCGGAGUCGUGAGUCGGGCAGCGGAAGGUGGAGGCCAACGUUUCACUUGCUCCAGCUUUUCACCACGCCACAUUUCACUGCAAACAAGUCGCGCACCCGGGCCGAGCUUUUUUGACAGUGCGACCAGCAGUACGGGCUGCGCCAACCACGCACACGCGACUAGACGACGAACCCCACCUUAGGGAGCUUAGGUGUCGCGGCGCUGGUGUCGGGUUUAGCACCGCGACUGCCCUGGUCGGUGACCACCGUGUUCCAACCCCCACAACCCUCCCCUCCCCCCCGCUUUACCGGGGCCGGUCAUCCCUUUGAACCCUCGUUUGUGGAAAGUUCGUUCAACAGUGUGGAUCCCCUGCGGUGUGGUUGCUGCAAUUCCGAUUUUGCCGAUCGAUUCCGGUCCACCAACAUCACCACCUCUCCGCAGGAAAAUUUCCCGGAUCCAGGUGGUUAAACUCGCGGCGCUACUUCAUCCCCCUCCCCCUCCUAACCCGCUCUCCGAGAAGGGGUGCAGAAAAAACCAACCCCCCCAUCAGGUCAUACCUCCCUUUCGAGUUGGAAAGAAAGUACGAAAGAAAGAAAGAAAGAAAGCACACACUCACACACGAGAGAAGGGUGAAAAGAAGGCUACAAUCAGCUUACACAAAGACGAGCGCGCGCGCGCGCGCGUGUGUGUGAGUGAGACGCGAAGAAGAAGCAGAACGAACGGUGCAAGAAACCAACAGCAACAACAACAACAACAACAACACCAACAACAAAAACAGCAGAUGGAGUCGGCAGCCUCCGUCGCCGCCGCCGAGCAAGAGCAGCCGCCCCAGGAGCCCCAGGAGCCGCCCCUGGUGCUGCUGCGGCUAGAAAAACCAUGCCUCCCGCAAGCAACGGUAUAUGCCGAGCAGGCGCAGCAGCAGGAGGAGGAGGUGGUGGUGCAGCAGCGGGAGGAGAAGUUGCAGAAUGGCGCUAGCGGGGUGAACGGCGCGAGCGAACAGUCCCCCCCACCAUCGCCACCGCCGGUCGGGGAACGUUCCCACUGCUGCGAGCCAGCCGCGACGCCACCGUCGGGCGGGGACGGGCAGGAGCAGGGCGGGCUCAUAACGGCACUUGCCCCUGCAGCCGCCGCAGCGCUGGGGCCGACCGGGCCUGCGCCCGACCAGCCGGCGGAGAACCACAACACUCUCGGCACGAACGUCGUCGGUGCGUCAACGGCUCCGUGCAGCGGUGCGCAACAGAUCGUGUACGUACGCGGUGCGCAAACGUGCGCUCCAGAGGCAACGCCGCUCGGCCACUGCGACAACGUGGUGCGCAUACAGAUUGUCCCGGCAGACGAGCAGGAGGAGCCGGCGCAGGACGAUUCGCUAGUGAAGGACGAAGAAGAAAAGUGUGUGAAGUGUGAGGGCGAGGAAGGGCAGGAGGACUGCAACAACAACAACAGCAGCGGCAAGUGUCCGGCGCAGAGUGUAACGGUCGUGUCGGUCGUGCCGGACUCACAGCCACCACCACCCCGGCCAUCCUCCUCCUCCUCCUCCUCCUCCUCCUCCUCCUCCUCCUCCUCCACCACCACCUCCUCCACCGUGCUGGUGACGGUCACGUUCGAGGAUCGGACGCUGGUGCGCGUCGCAUCGCCCGACCCGCCGGAACCACCGACCAGCACCGCCGCGAUGGUGCAGAAGAAGCGGCACGAGCCGGCCGACCUGGACGGUGCCCCGUACGUCUACUACAUGGCGGCCCGGUCGGCCGGCGGCUCGACCGGCGGCUCGAGCGGCGGCUCCAGCGGCCAGUGCUCGCCGAGCGAUAUGCUCGACAGUGGCACCUGCAGCGAUAUCGAGCUGACGCCGCCGCCGCUGCCGAAAAAGAUGUCGCAACGGUUGCGCGCGUCGUCCGGCGCGAUAAAGAAAAGCCUCGCGGACGGGGGCGAUAUGGUGCGGCCGGCAGUGACACCACCGCCGCCGGUAUCGGCACCACCGACGCCACCGCUCGCAGCAGCAGCAGCAGCAGCAGCACCGCCACCACCGGUAUCGGGGGUUGAUAACGACGACGACGACAACGGGCCGGAUAGCGUUAUCAGCGUGGCGCACCAACACGAGCAGCGGCUCCAGCACCAGCAGCAGGAGACGGCCCGCAACAGACAGAACGCGGAGCAGACGGUCGACGGUUACGAUACGGGGCGGACGGCCCAGCACCAGCACGCAGCAAGUCUCAUCUCGGCGACCGAUAGUGACGGGUCGGAAUCGUGCCUGAGCUGCGAUUCGCUCAACUUCGAGCAGCUCCAGUCGAGCCUGGUGGUGGUGGCGGCGGCAGCGGCGGAGGAAGAGGAGGAAGGACAGCAGCUAGCGGUGCGAGCGAAGCGGACCGGUGGCGGUCCGGCCCUGCCCGACUCGCUGCUCGCCGCAAUACGGGGCAGCCGGCCCAAGGUGUACUGCACCGACGACGACGACGCCGCGGACGCAGACGACGAACCCGACGAGGACGAGGAGCGGAAGGUGGCCCGCCUGCCACCGCCGCCGGUGACCCAUCAUGGUGGGCAGCGGUCCGGGGGGCCGCUCGAUCUGAACAGCUUCGCGUCGGCGGCAGCGGCGGCGGCGGCCGUCGCCGCCAGCAGCACCACCACCACCCGCACGCUACUGAUGGACAAAAUCAACAGCCUCGAGGCGGGCCGGGCGGUGCGCCACGAUCAACCCGAUCAACAGCCGUCCAGCAACCUGCCGUUGCUGCACCACCACCACCACCACCCAAUCAAUGAGCGGGCGCCGAGCAGCUGCUCGGCCAGCUCGCACACCGCCGAGAGCGUCCGCAGCAAUCAGUUCGAGAGCGACCGGUACUACAAGUUUCAUCUGAACGAGCGGGCGGCGGGCGAGCAGCAGGGUUCGACCCGGCCCGGCUCGCCGGACACCCGGCCCGGACCGUCGGCCGGGGCGGCCACCGCCGCCGCCGACGACGACGACGAGAGCUUCGCCGGGCUGCGCGACCUCAGCAACGGCACGUCGACGAUCCGCAGCAACAAGGGCACGGUGCGGGGCGUCAAGAACCGGGUCCGCAACGGGAUCGCCACCUUUCUCCAGAUGCAGCAGACCGGCAUGAAGAACUACAAGGACAAGGAGGCGGGCAAGGUGGUCGUGUACAGCACCAGCAUGGGCAUCGUGCGGGAAACGUACACCAAGUGCGCGAACGUGAAGCAGAUCCUGCGCACGCUGCUGGUCAAGUUCGAGGAGCGGGACAUCUUCAUGAGCAGCGAGUACCAGCAGGAGAUCCGGGAGCGGAUGCAGUCGGACACGAUCAACAUACCGCAGGUGUUUGUGGACGGUCAGCACAUCGGGGACGCCGAAUGUAUCGAGCGGCUGAACGAGAGCGGCGAGCUGCGCAAAAUGCUGAAACCGUACAAGUGUCUGGAGUCGCCGUACAUGUGCAAGGUGUGCGGCGGGUACCGGUUGCUGCCGUGCCCGUCCUGCGGCGGCUCGAAGAAGUCGAUCCACCGGAACCACUUCACCGCCGAAUUCGUCGCCCUCAAGUGCAUGAACUGUGACGAGGUCGGGCUGGUCAAGUGUCACAACUGCUGAGCGGGGGUUUUUUUUUUUUGAGGGGGUCUUACAAUUUUAUCAGUACCACAUUACACACACACACAGAGGGAGCCUCAGAGCGUUUUUUUUUCCCCGAGAGGGCGCUAUCGCUCCCCAAAGCACUUUAUAAGCAGGCCGACGAAGGAGCUGAGCAGGGUAAACGGAGGACAGUGGCAGAGUCAGAGUAUGCUAGUAGCUAAGGAGAAGCUUCAUGUUUUAGGUGCGCGCGCGCGUGUGUGUGAGUGUGUAUGAGUGGGUUUAUUUUUGAUAGACACGCAUGACCACGUCGGGCUGGAAGGAGCCGAACAACAGGAAAAAUGGACACGGUCCCCCUUAUUUCGUUACUUAGUAGUUUGUCGUCUGUAGCAUGUAGCGGGUUUUGUUCGUUAAGUGAUUAGUGUGUCCCUGGUGUACUUCCUUCUUUUCUUUUCUCCUACACACACACACAGACACACACACAGACACAUGCACAAACAUGCAUAUUAUUAAAAGAAUAUUUUGUGCGCUCAAAAAAGCGACAUUCAGUUAGCUUUCUGUCAUCCUCCCGCAGUCAGCACGUUGUAGGCACACUAUUUAAACAAAUAUAACUUUUUAUUAUUAUUUUACGCAAACACACACACACACACAUACAUACACAUAUUGGUAAGGUGCCCAUUCAUCCUCAAAUAGCAGGUUUAGUUCUGUGUUUUUUUUUU